AUGAAGCCAAAGUCGUCACAAGCAGUUAUGAAAUUCACGGUACCCGCACUGCCGGUGGCUCAUGCUGCGCUAAAUGGAUUCUCAAUUGAGCCAGGCUUCGACGGGUACGAUAAUCCGUAUCAAAGAUGUCUGACUCACAAAGCUUUCGUGCCUUCGCCGAAGUCCUGGGUUUUCUAUUCCGUUCCUCCAUUGCUUGGUGUUUCUUCAGCGAAUGGCCUUGUGAUUUUGUUGUUCGGUUGGGUUUUUUGUUUGCUGAUGGUAAUAAAAGCCAUUUCGGGAGAUUCGGAAAUCCCGACGUGCCGGGCCUGCGACAUCUUAUGCAAGGUCGGGGACACAGCGAACAGCCGUAGAUCGUUCAGCGCAGCUCUGAUCUUGACAAACAAAUUUUGGAAGGUUCUCUCUGGCCAGCUUCCAAACGGAGAAUGGUAG